AUGAUUGGUUUGCUUGUGGCUUGCAAAAAUAAAGUCGCUUAUAGUAAUGGUGCAAUAGGACUCUGGUAUAUGUUGUACAUGCUAUCUCGGAUAUAUCCAGAAAACUCACGGUAUAUCAGCGAUCGUUUGAAUCGGCCCCUUAGUGAAUGGGUUCCCGUACGGGAAUGGGCUACAUUGUAUGACCUUCAAAAUGCAAAGAUGGCCUGGUAUGUUCCUGGUGAGCCAGGGAAAAAGCUGGUCAAGUCACUUUUGGAGAAAUUUGUCUUCCCUGUAGCUGACUCAUUACGAGAUGAAAAAAUGGACAGAGACGCUUUGAAAAAGGCUUUUACUGUGCUAAGUUAUGGCUUGAGUGGAUCUAUAACAUGUUUUCCAAUGCCGUCCUCUCCACCGUUUCAAUCACCCAAUACUGUUUUGCCGUGGUUCAAGGCCGACAUAGGAAAUCCUUCCAUUGUUGACUGGGGUAAAUUUUUCAGCACUUUCCUUGCUGUUGCUCAUGAAGCCUUCACAGAUAUACCUCAUCCGUCGGGCAGAAAUUUUCGCGAAGUACUUGUGGACAUAUUGGAAAAUGUCAUCAAACGAUUAGUGACCUCUAAACGAGAGCAUACACAAGUACUAUCUGGUAUAUGUCGGAUACUUCAUAACUUGAUCGAAACAAGCUAUACCGACUCGCACCAAUUGGACAUAGCGACAGGGGAACACUCGGAUAUCUACAACUAUCUAACGACUCCACUCUCGAGAAAAGUCCAGAUCUUUGUUUUGGAAUCUCAAGCUUAUGUCUCGCAUAUGGUUAGCAACUUUGCUCCUUGGUGCUUUGUGCGUUCCAGAACAGAACGGUCAUUUUGCGCCGUUACCGUACCACAUCCAACCCGUGCGACCUGAAA